GUUGACAUCAACCAAAAAGUCAGUUUGAUGCAGGCAGCAGCGACCAUGCACGGGUUCUGGGGACCUGUCACGAGCAACAUGGACUGGUGUGAAGACAACUACGCGUGGUCGCACUACGUUGCAGAAUGGUGGAACACAUGGAGCAACGUGCCGUGGAUUAUCAUCGCCGUCUACGCCAUGCACAAGUCCAGCCAAGCGUUCGCGGAGUCGAGCCAGCCGCCGUCAAUUCGGCGUGCGUACUGGGUGCCGCUGAUUGUAUUUAGCGGGUCCUUUGCCUUCCACGUGUCCUUGACGCAUGUUGGCCAGCAGCUGGACGAACUGCCGAUGUUGUACGGUUGCUUUUACUUUCAUUACGUCACGCUGCGUCACCAUCGCGGCAUGAAAGUCGCGGCACUGGGGCUUUGUGGCGUCAUGACUGUGUUGAUGCUGCUCUUUCGCCACUCGAUCGUGCCGUUCAUCGUAUCGUACGCCCUGCUGGUUAUUGGGUUGCUCGCACGCAGCUACAUGCUCAUGAACACGUACAAAACCCUGCGGCAAAGUCAAAUCCUCCAACGAGGGUUCUACCUGUACAUGGUUGGGUUUAUUCUGUGGGUGAUCGACCAGCAGUUUUGCGAGGUGGUCAAGCCGCUGCACCUGCAUGCGUUAUGGCAUGUAUUCUCUGGCGCUAGCACGUUCUACUGGAUCCAGUUUGCAUGUGCACACGAGUUUAUCGUGACCAAUCAUGGCCUCCAAGUCCGAAACAUUGCGACCGUGCUUCCCUUUACGACAAUGGGAAAACAACUUCAGUAACAACAGCCAUACCAAGUUUGGCGAGUCUGAAAACGCUAAUUACCGUACAUUGGGUGGUCAGAAUCUCCACGGAACGUCCUCCGUAUAGGUAGGUGCUAUUCAUACAGUACUCCGUACUAUAGUAUUAAUAUAAAUAAUACUGUACUACCAAUACACGUUGUAUUGUCAAGUCGA